UAUGUGGCCCAAAGAUGACGUGUGUACAUUACCCAGGUCGGUGAACGGCGUUUAUCGGAUCGGACUGUACGCCCUGAAGGACAUGCCCGCUGGGACCGAGCUGACCUACGACUACAACUUCCACUCCUUCAAUAUGGAGAAGCAGCAACUCUGUAAGUGCGGCUUUGAGCAGUGUCGCGGGAUCAUCGGGGGGAAGAGUCAGCGGGUAAACGGUACGAGCCACAAGGCCGGACACCUAGCCUCCCACCGGAGAGCUGGCCGCUCCAAGGAGAAGCGGAAAUCUAAGCAUCGGCUGAAGAGGAGGAGGGGUCACCUGAGUGAGGAGCGCAGUGACAACAUCAGCUCUGCUAACCGCCUCUGCCCCCAACUGCACAUGAAGCCGAUGUCCAACAGGGAACGGAACUUUGUGUUGAGGCAUCGUGUUUUCUUGGUGAGGAACUGGGAGAAGACGCGGCGGAGGCACGAGGAGGUGAAGGAUGAUGGGAGCUCGUCCUCGCUGUACAGCCGCUGGAGCAGCGUGUGCAGAGACGACGGGAACAUUAAGUCCGAUGUCUUUAUGACUCAGUUUGCUGCUCUGCAGACGUCGCGCUCUGUACGCACCCGGAGGUUAGCGGCUGCGGAGGAGAACAUCGAGGUGGCACGCGCGGCGCGGCUGGCCCAGAUAUUUAAGGAGAUCUGUGAUGGGAUUAUCUGCUCUAAAGAUUCCAUGAACCGAAGUCUCGCCGCUCCGCUGCUCAGCCUCCCUCCCCGGAAGAAGAACCCUUACUACUAUGAGAAGGUUGGAGAUCCUCUCGAUUUGCUGACAAUUGAGAAGCAGAUUCUGAGCGGAUGCUAUAAGACAGUCGAAGCCUUUGACACAGACAUGUUAAAAAUUUUCCGUAAUGCAGAGAAAUACCAUGGGAGGAAGUCAUCAAUUGGUAGAGAUGUGUGCAGGCUCCGGAAGGCGUAUUACAGUGCUCGCCACGAGUCUGCCGCUCAGAUCGAUGAGAUCAUGGGGGAGACGGCUAGUGAAGCAGACAGCAGCGAGACCUCUAUGUACGAUAAGGACGGAGGCCAUGAGAAAGAGGAUGACAUCAUACGCUGUAUCUGUGGCCUCUACAAGGACGAAGGACUGAUGAUUCAGUGUGAGAAGUGUAUGGUAUGGCAGCAUUGUGACUGUAUGGGCAUGACCUCAGACGUGGAGCAUUACCUGUGCGAGCAGUGCGACCCCCGGCCUGUGGACAGGGAAGUUCCCAUGAUUCCAUGUCCCCCGUACGCUCAGCCCGGAUUCAUCUACUUUAUCUGCCUUCUGCGUGAUGAGCUCCUCCUUCGGCAAGGUGACUGCGUCUAUCUGAUGCGGGACAGCCGCCGUACCGUGGAUGGACAGCCCUUGAGACAGUCCUACCGCCUGCUGUCAUACGUCAACCGCGACAAGCUAGACAUUUUCCGGAUAGAGAAGCUGUGGAAAAAUGAAAAGGGCGAGCGUUUUGCCUUUGGUCACCAUUACUUCCGGCCACACGAGACGCAUCACUCGCCAUCCCGUAAGUUCUACCACAACGAGCUGUUCCGAGUGCCGAUGUACGAGAUCAUCCCUCUGGAGGCCGUGGUCGGCCCCUGCUGCGUUCUGGACCUGUACACCUACUGCAAGGGGCGUCCAAAGGGAAUUAAAGAGCAGGAUGUUUAUAUCUGCGACUAUCGUCUGGAUAAAUCCGCCCACUUGUUCUACAAAAUCCAUCGCAACCGCUUCCCGGUCUGCACCAAGAACUACGCCUUCGACCACUUCCCCAAGAAGCUGACCCCAAAACGGGAUUUCUCACCUCAUUAUGUGCCAGAUAACUACAAGCGGAACGGUGGCAGGUCAUCUUGGAAAUCAGAGCGACCCAAAGCAUCAGCAGACCUGCAGCAGGAGGAGCCCGUCAUGGAGGACCUAAUGGUGACCAGUGAUGCCCCUGCUACAGAAAUUCCAGCCUCCCCACAGGCCGAAGUGAGUAAGAGCUGUACAGCAGAGGACAACAACCAGCCCCCACGCCUGUGCUCCCCACAUGAACAUCGGCAAGCCAAGAGAGACAAGCUCAACCGAAUACUUCUCCAACUUCUGGAGAAACUUCCGGGGAAGAACGCCAUUGAUGUCACUUACCUCCUGGAGGAGGGUCCAUGCCGGAAGCUCCGACGCAGAACUCUUAACCUCCCCGAGUGCAUCUUCAGAAAAUGACCUGUGACUGUGCUGGAGAGAAGACUGGGGCGGGGAGGCCUCCACUGCUGCUCUGUGCUCCCCGUCUCAUUGCAGCAGAGGGCCCCCUUACACUAAGUACCCACAAUCCUCUGCUGCCGGUGGCUGAAUGUAUAGGAGAUCAGCGGGCAUAUGGCGGCUUCUUCUCACUGCUGUUUACAUUAGCGGUUGGCUGAUGGCUUGUCCUUGUGAAGGGUGUGGCACCAGUCGGAUGGCGGCAGACGUCAGCACUUUACCCAACCUCCCCACAUGUCCUCCAAGCUGCACUUUACCCAGCAGGACAAGAGACAUGCACCCCACAGCGGGAGGCCACCACACACUAAAAGGAGGGGCCCCACCCCCGCGAACCUGCCAGCACCCAGGAAGAAGGACGCCCCGGGCUGGCGGUUGUAAAUAAAGCAAAGCUUAAGAGUCCUUUCCUGUCCUUAUAAAAGAAGGAAAGAUUGUGGGAAUAAUACGGUGCCAAGUUCCAUGGGUGUAAAGCAAUACGAUGAGCGGCGGCGCCCGCCUGGAUGAACCGCUCGUCCCGGCUGGAGCACAAAGUCAUUUCAGUAAAAAAAAAAAUAUUUUAUUAAAAAAGAAAAAAGGCGA